AUGAAUACCAAUGGGGAUGAUAAAAUCAAUUCUAUUGCAAGUUUAGAACAAAGCAUAGACAGUAAAGAGUCUCAAUCUAAACCAUCAUUAGAAAAGAAUUUUGGGUGGUGGUCACUUUUUGCUGCUAGUUUUUCAUUGACCUGUUCAUGGGUAGGAGUCUCAGCUUCUUUUGGGACUAGUAUUGGUUCAGGUGGUGCAAUCAUUAUCAUUUAUGGUUUGAUGAUUGCAGGUUUCUUUAGUUUAUGUGUUGCUAUCACCUUGGGAGAAUUGAUUUCCGCUUAUACAAACCCAGCUGGUCAGUAUUAUUGGACUCUUCAAUUGGCACCUGAACGUUACAGGAAAGUGCUUGCAUUUAUAACUGCAUUGUUCAGUUACUUUGGAUGUGUUUUCACCUGUGCAUCAGUAAGUUCCUCCCUUGCAAAUUCAAUUCUUUCUCUGUAUGUUCUUAACAAUCCAUCUUUUGAAAUAAAAAGAUGGCACUCAUUUGUUACUUUUGAAGCUAUAAACUUGGCACUUUCAGUUUUCAAUAUUUGGGGUAGGUACUUGCCUCAUAUCUUUGCAUCGGGUCUUUGGAUUUCACUUCUUGGAUUUGUGGUAACUAUGAUAACUUGCCUUGCAUGUUCUUCAGGAAAAUAUAAUCUGGGGAAUUUUGUAUUUAGUGAUUACACCAAUAUCACAGGAUGGAACAACAAGCCACUAUCUUUUAUAAUUGGUUUGAUUAGUCCUAUUUGGUGUUUUGCUGGUUUAGACUCAGCAGUACAUAUGGUAGAUGAUUUGGGAGUAAAAGCAGGUAAAGUGCUUAUUCCUCGUGCUGUUAUAUGUACAGUUGUUUUGGGUUUCCUUACAGCAUUUGCUUAUUCUGUGGCUAUUUUUUUCUGUGCCACUGAUAUUUCCGAGGUUGUCGAGUCUACAUUACCCCUUUUAACCAUUUUCUAUCAGUCAACUAGGAAUAAAGGUGCUGCUAUAUUCCUUGAAGUUCUUACUAUUCUAACUGGGAUCAUUUGUAAUAUUUCAGCCCAUGCCUGGCAGGCAAGGGUUUGUUGGACAAUGGCCGGAUCAGAAGCACUUCCUGGGUCUAAAUACUUAAAACAAAUCCAUCCUCGUACUAAACUUCCAGUGAAUGCUCAUUUCUUUUCAACCUUUUUAGUUGCUGCCAUUGGAUGUAUUUAUAUGGGUUCUACCACAGCUUUCAAUGCCAUUAUCACUGGAUGUAUAUGUCUUUUAUUGUUAUCUUAUUCUAUCCCUGCUCUACUUCUUUUGAGAGUACGAAACAAAGGUUUUGCUCAUGGUCCAUUCUGGUGUGGCAAACUUGGUUAUAUUGCCAAUAUUUUGACAAUCUUGUGGACUUUAUUUUGCUUGGUUUUUCUUUCCUUUCCUUAUGUGAGACCAGUUACAAGUACCAACAUGAACUAUGUAUCUGCAGUUUAUGGAGGAGCUAUUUUAGCAGUAAUAAUUUGUUGGUUUCUGUAUGGAAAAUCAAGGUUUAUUGCAAAUAAGUCUGAAAUAUAG